UCAUAAGUUUGGGCUUGGCUUCAACUUUAAACUGAAGUCAAAGCUCAAGACAGAAGGAGAGCAAUCAUGGUCGACGUGGUGCUGACAGCAGAUCUGCCAGCAAGCAGCUUGAGUUCAGAAAAACUCCAGAAGAACCCAGAGGAGAGCAAUCUGAAGUCCACAGAGGAGAAGACCAAUGUAUCUCCAGAGACUGAAAACCAGACCGCAGGAGAGAAAGACAGCAAGACCAUUGAGGAAAGCAAGAUUCAGGAGGACCUCAAGGAACCAGAGGACCCUCAGAAGCCUCAGGAUGAAGAGGAGGCGCUGGGGCCAAACGAUGUCACCUGCGACUCCUGCAUCGACCGGCCGUGCCGCGCCAAGAAGUCAUGCUUGACCUGCCUGGUGUCGUACUGCGAGGCUCACCUGAGGCCGCACCUGGAGAACAUCAAGUUCCAGAGCCACAGGCUGGUGGAGCCGCUGCGGGACAUCGAGAGACGCACCUGUGAGACGCACCGCUGCGCGCUGGAGCUGUACUGCUGCGCUGACGCGUGCUGCGUCUGUGUGGAGUGCGUGGCGGAGGAGCACCGCGGACACAACGCCGUGCCCAUCCCUGAGGCGCGCAGGAAGAUUGAGAGAGAGCUUCAGGACAAACAGACAGACAUGGUGAAGACGGUCACAGCAGCAGAAAACGCCAUUAACAAGUUACAGGUCAACACAGUGAAUAUAGAGGCGUCUGUGAAGGAGGUGCGUGGAGUGAUCGAGGAGCAGUUUAACAUACUGAUGGCAGCUGUGGAGCAGGCCAAGAAAGAAGUGAGCGAGAUCUUAGAGGUGGAGGAGCGACAGGCGCUGCGGCAGGCCGAAGGAAUCCGAGUUCAUCUGGAGCAACGCUGCACUGAACUCAAGAAAACCCAGAGUCAGGUCGAGAAAAUCACCAAGAACAAAAAUGACAUUGACUUCCUGCAGGAGUAUUCACGGUGGAAAAAAGAAACUGUUGAUGUGUCUUUACCUGGCGUUUAUAUCGGCCUCAUGGAUCGACUGCAGUCGUUCAGUCAUGUUAUCGCACAGUCCACAAAAGAGAUGUGCAACAACCUGCUGACCUCAUACACCAACAAACUUAAAGACACCUGUAAAAACGAUAAUGUGGGCAUAAAGACGACGGUUUAUGCCAUUAUUGCUGCAAAAAAGAACAUGUCAAUUCCGAACCCAGAGACCAGAGACGACUUUCUUAAGUACGUCACGCCUCUGACCUUUGAUGCAGAUACGGCCCACCAGUAUCUGCGUCUGACAGAAGAACGAAAGAAGGUGACAAACACGACGCCGUGGCAGCAGAGCUAUCCAGAGCUCCCCGAGCGCUUCGAGCACUUCAAGCAGGUGCUGACGGUAGAGAGCUUCUACCUGGGCCGCCACUAUUUUGAGGUGGAUAUAAGAGGAGAAGGCACUCACGUCGGCCUGACCUACAAGAGCAUCAACCGCAAGGGAUCCGAGAGCAACAGCUGCAUCACGGGAAACAACUUCUCCUGGUGUGUGCAGUGGAACGGACGCAGCUUCUCCGCGUGGCACAGCGAUGUGGAGACGCCGCUCAGCGGCCCCAAAGCCACGCGGAUCGGCGUCUACGUGGAUUAUUCCGGCAGCGUGCUGGCUUUCUACGACGUGGAAAACGGCAUGGCGCUCAUCCACAAGUACCAGGCUGAGUUUCUGGAGCCGCUUUACCCGGCCUUCUGGCUUCCCAAGAAGGAGUGCGUCGUGCUUUUAGAACCAGGAGCAGGAUCUUCCCUGACAACCCCGUCUCCUGUUUCCUCUCCCAAAUAAACUGUUUCUGCUCCUCGUAUCCACAUCAUUUCCAUCUUAUAGGGUCCCGUUUACACCUGGUUUUGUUCACCUUACACAGAUACAGAUGCAAUGGUGUAAACAGGACUAUAAGAGAUCUACUGUAACCUCUGACUGAUAUUAAAGUUUUAUGACUGCAACAGUGCAUUUAUACAAGAUGCCUAUUAAAAUAUCUAGAAACAUGUUUUGUGCAUUGAUCUCAUAUCACAAAAUAUGUCUUUAAGUAUACUUUUUUUCACAUGAAUGAAACUAUAAAUAUUUAUAUACAUAUAUAUAUAUAUAUACACACAUU